UUGUGCUAAAGGAAGUGUCCUCCAUGGUGUCAUUGUAGGACUGCCGAGGUUGAACAUCAGAAAUAAGCGAUGUCUGGUUACACACCAGACGAGAAGCUCCGUCUGGAGCAGCUUCGAAAGCUCCGGAGACAGUGGCUGAAGGACCAGGAGCUCAGCCCGAGGGAGCCCGUGGUACAAGCCAAACCUCCGGGCCCCGUCGCCAGAUUCUGGGCUGGCUUUCUGGAGCCCAAGAGCCUGUGGAGGCUUUACACCUACAAAGCAUACCAAGGUGGAGUUUUCACAUUAACGCGCCUGUUGAUUCCUGCUUGGAUUGUUCACUACUGUGUGAAAUACCAUAUUUCUCAAAGGCCAUAUGGCAUUGUGGAGCUGAAACCCAAGCUGUUCCCUGGUGAUACCAUCCUGGAGACGGGUGAAGUUGUUCCAGAUCUCCCCGAGAGCCAUGGUCAUCACUGAAGUUGGAUUAAUUCAUUGAUUUGCUGUUGUAAAAACUGUGUAUAUGCCAAUAAAAUAUUACAAAGGUA